AGAGAGAAACACAGUGACAUAGAGGGACAACCACCCUUCUAUGCCCCUUACCCAGUGAGCCUACGUACAUAAUGGCCCUCAUUGAAGUUUGCGGGGGUAACAAGGGGUGGCAGCUGCCCCUCGGUUACCCCACCAGAGAUACCGGAGCUACAGCCGGUCCCACGCACUACACGUUUGGCAUGAAGGCAAGUGAGCUGGCACUGCCCCCGGGGCUACAGCCUGCUCCCUUCCUAAAGUGCUUGCAGACAGGACGAAAUGGAGUAAAGCUUGAACCAGCCCAUGGUACAACCACACUGGCCUUUAAAUUCCGUCAUGGGGUCAUUGUUUCUGUAGAUUCAAGAGCAUCAGCGGGAGAUUAUAUUGCUACUUUAGAAGCAAACAAAGUAAUAGAAAUUAACCCUUACCUGCUGGGAACCAUGUCUGGGAGUGCAGCAGACUGUCAGCACUGGGAGAGACUGCUGGCUAAGGAAUGCAGGUUGUAUCAGCUGAGGAAUAACACUCGGAUAACAGUAUCUGCUGCCUCCAAGCUGUUGAGUAACAUGAUGCUUCAGUAUAGAGGGAUGGGACUCUCCAUGGGAAGCAUGAUUUGUGGUUGGGAUAAAAAGGGCCCUGGUCUUUAUUAUGUAGAUGAUGAUGGAACCCGCCUUUCAGGUGAUAUGUUCUCCACGGGCUGUGGGAACUCUUAUGCAUAUGGAGUGAUGGAUAGCGGUUAUCACUAUGAGUUAACCCCAGAGGAGGCGUAUGACUUAGGUCGUCGUGCUAUUGCUCAUGCGACCCAUCGCGAUGCUUACUCUGGUGGGGUUGUUAACUUGUAUCACAUGCGUGAAGAAGGAUGGAUCAAAAUUGGAAAAUAUGAUGUGGCCGAGUUAAUUCACAAAUUCCGUGAAGAGAAUCACAGAAAGGAAUAAGACAACAUCUCAAGUACGGAGAGUUCUUCGAUGCCCCAGCUAUUAUUUUAUUGGGUCAAACUAUCAGAUAGCCCUGAGAUGCUAAGCAAUGAGCUGGUCAAUAACUUGUUGUACAAAACGUUCUAUCUCUCAAUUAACAAAUAAAGAUUUUUAUAUCCCA